UAGUGCUUGCAAAAAAAAGGAGUUUUAAAGCUUUUGCUUUUUUGGAUUGUGUGAAUGCUUCAUUCGCCUCACAAACAACCACAGAACCACAAGUGCGGUGCAAACUUUCUCCAGGAGGACAGCAAGAAGUCUCUGGUUUUUAAAUGGUUAAUCUCCGCAGGUCACUACCAGCCACCGAGACCAACAGAGUCAUUUAAGGCUGCAAGCAGAAUUUACAACAGAGGGUACAAGUUCUAUCUGAAAAAAAAAGGAGGGACUAUGGCAUCAAACAGCCUCUUCAGCACAGUGACACCAUGUCAGCAAAACUUCUUUUGGGAUCCGAGCACCAGCCGGCGCUUCAGCCCCCCCUCCAGCAGCCUGCAGCCCGGCAAGAUGAGCGACGUGAGCCCGGUGGUGGCUGCGCAGCAGCAACAGCAGCAGCAGCAGCAGCAGCAGCAGCAGCAGCAGCAGCAGCAGCAGCAGCAGCAGCAGCAGCAGGAGGCGGCGGCGGCGGCGGCGGCAGCGGCGGCGGCGGCGGCGGCGGCGGUGCCCCGGUUGCGGCCGCCGCACGACAACCGCACCAUGGUGGAGAUCAUAGCUGACCUCCCGGCCGAGCUCGUCCGCACCGACAGCCCCAACUUCCUGUGCUCCGUGCUGCCCUCGCAUUGGCGUUGCAACAAGACCCUGCCCGUGGCCUUCAAGGUGGUAGCCCUUGGAGAGGUACCAGAUGGGACUGUGGUUACUGUCAUGGCGGGUAACGAUGAAAAUUAUUCUGCUGAGCUCCGAAAUGCCUCUGCUGUUAUGAAAAACCAAGUAGCAAGGUUCAACGAUCUGAGAUUUGUGGGCCGGAGUGGACGAGGCAAGAGUUUCACCCUGACCAUAACUGUCUUCACCAAUCCUCCCCAAGUAGCCACCUAUCACAGAGCUAUUAAAGUUACAGUGGAUGGACCCCGGGAACCCAGAAGGCACAGACAGAAGCUUGAUGACUCUAAACCUAGUUUGUUCUCUGACCGCCUCAGUGAUUUAGGGCGCAUUCCUCAUCCCAGUAUGAGAGUAGGUGUCCCGCCUCAGAACCCACGGCCCUCCCUGAACUCUGCACCAAGUCCUUUUAAUCCACAAGGACAGAGUCAGAUUACAGACCCCAGGCAGGCACAGUCUUCCCCACCGUGGUCCUAUGACCAGUCUUACCCCUCCUACCUGAGCCAGAUGACUUCCCCGUCCAUUCACUCCACCACCCCGCUGUCUUCCACACGGGGCACCGGGCUCCCUGCCAUCACCGACGUGCCCAGGCGUAUUUCAGAUGAUGACACUGCCACCUCUGACUUCUGCCUCUGGCCUUCCCCUCUCAGUAAGAAGAGCCAGGCAGGUGCUUCAGAACUGGGCCCUUUUUCAGACCCCAGGCAGUUCCCCAGCAUUUCAUCCCUCACUGAGAGCCGCUUCUCCAACCCACGAAUGCACUAUCCAGCCACCUUUACUUACACCCCGCCAGUCACCUCAGGCAUGUCCCUCGGUAUGUCCGCCACCACCCACUACCACACCUACCUGCCACCACCCUACCCCGGCUCUUCCCAAAGCCAGAGCGGACCCUUCCAGGCCAGCAGCACUCCAUAUCUCUACUAUGGCACUUCGUCAGGAUCCUAUCAGUUCCCCAUGGUGCCGGGGGGAGACCGCUCUCCCUCCAGAAUGCUCCCGCCAUGCACCACCACCUCGAAUGGCAGCACGCUAUUAAACCCCAAUUUGCCUAACCAGAAUGAUGGUGUUGACGCUGAUGGAAGCCACAGCAGUUCCCCAACUGUUUUGAAUUCUAGUGGCAGAAUGGAUGAAUCCGUUUGGCGACCGUAUUGAAAUUCCUCAGCCGUGGCCCAGCGGUAUCUGGGAGCCACAUCCCAAAUGCAUCAAUAUAUACAUAUAUAUAGAGAGAGUGCGUAUAUAUGUAUAUCGAUCAGCUAUCUACAAAGUGCCUAUUUCUUAGAAGAUUUUUUCACUCGCUCACUCAGUCAUGCUCUUGCAACCGUAAGAGGGUAGCUGUUGAGAAGCAAAAGGCCAAGAGAGACAAUCAUAAUCAGGUUUCAGGUUUUCGAUCUAUUUUUUCUUUAAACAGAAAACACACACACACACACAUACACACACACACACACACACACGUGUACUUUUACAAACAAAAGAAAAAAAAGGUAUUUUUGUCGCUGUUGUUUGGUCUGUUAUGAAUCACCUGUUCAUAUGCCAAUUCAGAGAGGUGGACUCCAGGUUCAGGAGGAAGAAGAGCAAAGCGCUUCCUCUCUGCUCAAACCACGCGUCCUCACGGUGCAGCCGCCUGGGGCCCGCGCACGCUGCAGACCCGCUGGCAAAGCCAGUCGCGGGGCACGCUGAGGGAAGGAGGCAGCAUGAUGCUUCCGUGGCAGUGUAACUGCUCCCAACCUGGCCUGCAGACUUGCUGCAAGUGCUCCUCUGAACUGGUCGGUUCAGUUUUUUUCUUUUCUUUUUUCCUACUUUAAGAAAGUGACUUCAAAAAUACUGAUCAGGAAAGGUUAUUUUAUUUUACUUUUUUUGUAAUUUUUCCUCCCCCUUUCCCAUUUAACCAAAAAGAAAUACCAUCCUGAAACCCCUCUCCUUCUUUUAUGCAAAACUGAAAAUGGCAAUACCUUAUUAUAGCCAUAAUGGUAUAGAUAGUGUUUGUGUUGGCUGCGUGU